GGCACUGCCUCACCGCUCAGUGGGACUCCUCAUCUUCCCAAGGACCAGCAGCUCUUCCUGCUCUGCAAGCCAGGACCAGAGCGUGUCUGCUCCCCUCCACAGUGGGAGGUUUACCUUGGAUCAGCUGGUUAAAGCUGCUGGAUACACAGUCGCCCUCCAGCAUUUCCAAAUUCACCUUUCAACCUCCAGAAGCAGAGGCUGGCGCAGAACUCCCACCAUGAAAACAAUUAUUGCAGCCUGCUCUCAGAAUCUGAGUGGCAGUCGCGCCAGCAUCCAGGCCACCCUGCGCACCCUGCUUGCAGCACCCUGGCCUUCUCAGCGGGAUAUCCACUCCUGGCUCCAGCUUCUCUCCGUCCUCCAGUGGGUGCUGAGCUUCCUGCUGCUGGGGAUCGUCAGCCUGCUGCUCCUCAUUUACCUUGCCUUCACCAGCUUUUGGCCCAUCUCUGCUCUCUACCUGGCCUGGAUCAUCUUUGACUGGGACACACCAGAGAGAGGGGGCAGGAGGCUGCCAUGCCUGCGUCGAUGGACCGUGUGGAGGCACUUUCGGGAUUACUUCCCUGUGAAGCUGGUGAAGACACACGACCUGUCCCCCAGCCACAACUACAUCAUCGGCUCCCACCCUCAUGGCAUCCUCUGUGUUGGUGCCUUCUGCAACUUCAUCACAGGCUCCACAGGCUUUGAGGAGAUGUUCCCGGGGAUCCGACCCUUCCUCACCACCCUGGCCGGCAACUUCCGACUGCCCAUCUUCAGGGAGUACCUGAUGAGUGGAGGGCUGUGCCCGGUGACACGCCGCGCCAUCGGGUACCUGCUGUCCAAGAAUGGCACCGGCAAUGCCGUGGCCAUCGUCAUCGGUGGAGCGGCCGAGUCGCUCUCCUGCCGUCCUGGCAUCACCACACUCACCCUGAGGAACCGUAAGGGCUUCGUCCGCUUGGCCCUGCAGCACGGGGCUCACCUCGUCCCUUCCUUCUCCUUUGGGGAGAAUGACCUCUUUCGCCAGGUGGUGUUUGAGGAGGGAAGCUGGAUGAGGAGCAUCCAGCAGCGCUUCCAGAAGAUGAUGGGCUUCGCUCCAUGUGUCUUCUAUGGUCGGGGCAUCACCUCCGUCCAGUCCCGGGGUUUCCUUCCCUAUGCCAAACCCAUCACCACUGUAGUGGGGGAGCCAGUGACCGUGCCCAAGAUCGAGGACCCGAGCAGUGAGGUGGUGGAUGUGUACCAUGAGAUGUAUAUCCGCUCCCUGCUCAAGCUCUUCAAUGAGAACAAGACCAAGUAUGGGCUGUCGGAGACGGACGAGCUGCACAUCCUCUGAGCACGGCUUGGUGCCAAUGGCCAGAUCCUGGCUCACAAGGGCAGUGCUCUUGUGGGGGGGGAUUUCAGCCAUCCUGGCACUGGGGACACAUGGGGGAUGCACAGGGGACGGUCCCCACUCUGGCCCCUGCUCCUCUGGCCAAACAAACUGAGCAGGAUGCAGGAGAGGAGGAAUCAAAGGGAACUUGGGAAAGAGUCCUCUUUGAAAGGGGUUUGGAGGGGC